GUCACUGGACCAAGUCGACUAGGUCGACCAGGAAAUUUUUCGCCCGGCCCCUCCCUCCCCUUCUGGGCUGUGCCAUGGCAAUGAGCUCUUGCCUUGCGGCGCUGCUAGUGCUGCCGGCAGCUGCGGACCAGGGCUUCAGAAGCUCCAGGCCAUGGCUCCCGCGGGCAGCGCCGGUCGACCUCAUCACGGCCGACAUGCUACUUUCCGUGGAGGAGCUGCCGAGGGAGUUCGAUUGGCGGGACGUGAACGGCCGGAAUUUUGUGACCAGCGAUGUGAACCAGCACAUCCCCCAGUACUGCGGCUCCUGCUGGAUCCAUGGAACCACGGCGAGCUUGAACGACCGCAUCAAGGUCAUGCGCAAUGCCCGGUUCCCCGACGUGAUGCUGGCCCGACAGGUGCUCAUGAAUUGCGUGCCCUCGCCCAACAAGAGCCUGCCUCCGCCUGGAUGUGACGGAGGGGACCCUUGGAUGAUCCACCAGUACUUAAUGAAGAACGAGGUGCCAGAUGAGAGCUGCAUGCCGUACCAAGCUCGGAACAUGGAGUGCGUCCCGAAGAACCAAUGCCGGAAUUGCCUGCCCGGGAUGGGGUGCUGGACCAUCAAGAACUGGACCGGAUAUGGGGUCAGCUCCUUUGGCAACCUCUCCGGGGAGGUGAACAUGAUGAAAGAGAUCUAUGCGCGUGGCCCUAUCACUUGCUCCUUCGCUACGGACGGCCCCUUCAUGAUGAACUACUCCCAAAACGUCUUGGAGAACGAUGGGGUGUACAUCUCCCACAAGAACUACACCGCGGACGACGUGGACCACAACAUGGAAAUCGCUGGCUGGGGGGUGUCGAGCAAAGGCAUCAAGUACUGGGUGGUUCGGAACUCCUGGGGUACCUAUUGGGGCAGCAACGGGUGGCUGAAGCUGCAGCGGGGCGUGAAUAUGCUCCUCAGCGAGGCGGACUGCGACUGGUCGGUGCCCCGCUUCGAGCAGCUGGACGAGGUGCUGAAGGGCCGAGUGCUGGGCAGCUACAUGGCGGGGAUGACCACCAAGGUCCAGCCUGGACUGCACUUGGAUCUUGCCGCGCCCGCGGCCUUUGCCACGGCUCCAACCGAGUUGACGGCCGGCAAGGCAUUGGGCGGGAAACCUCAGGAGACGACGCCGGCGGCGGCGGUUUUGGUUGGCGCGGCCAGCGUACUUUUGCUGAUGGCGGGGCUGGUAGUGAGGGCCGGACUCGGCCGGUCUCCGAUCAAGUCAGAGCCCCUUUUGGGCUGAGCUGCUAAGAGCCUAAGCGGCUGAACGAGCCGGAAUGGCAGCAGCUCACGUGAUAAUGAUGUCGACAUCCCAGUUGCUCAGUGGAUCCCAGGCCCCUCU